GGCGCUGCUGGGGCACCGGCGGCAGGGCCGGGCCGGGCGGCUCCGCCGGACCAUGGCCGAGCAGCGACAGGACAAGGCCGCGCUGAUAAGCGAGACCAGACGGCGCUUCGAGGCGGAGUGUCUGGCGGAUAAAUCAGAUAAAUAUGACUCUAGAGACGUGGAGAGGCUUCAGCAGGACGAUCAGUGGGUCGAGAGCUAUUUGAUUUGGCGCCACGAUGUCGUGGACGACACCUUGAAGAUGAUCGAUGAAAGCUUUCAGUGGAGGAAGGAGUACACAGUCAAUGACUUGACAGAAGCUGCCCUUCCCAAGUGGCUGUUUGAGAGCGGCGCGCUCUUCCUGCACGGGUACGAUAAGGAGGGCUAUAAGCUGUUUUGGUUCAGAGUGAAGCACCAUGUAAGAGACCCUAAACAGCAACUUGAGAAAAAGAAACUGGUAGCUUUUUGGUUAGAACAUUAUGCAAAGAGAGAUCAUGGAAAGCCCUUAACAGUGGUGUUUGACAUGUCUGAAACUGGGAUCAGUCACAUAGACUUGGAUUUUGUUCGGUUCAUCGUCAACUGCUUCACAGACUACUACCCAAACUUCCUCACAAAGAUAGUGAUCUUUGAGAUGCCCUGGAUAAUGAAUGCUGCUUUCAAGAUCGUGAAGGGCUGGCUUGGCCCAGAUGCAAUCAGCAUGCUAAAGUUCACCAACAAGAGUGAUGUGCAGGAGUACAUCAGUGCAGAGUAUCUGCCCCCUCACAUGGGUGGAACUGACUCCUUCAAGUACAGUUACCCCCCCCUGGUGGAUGAUGAUUUCCAGACUCCCCUGUGUGAGAAUGGGCCCAUCACCAGCGAGGAUGAGCAUGAGAGCAAGGAAGAGCUGGAGGCAGACCCCAGGGAGCCUGGGGAGCCGAAUGAAGAGCUGAACCCCAGCCAGAAAAAGAUGAAUUCUGUAGAGCAAGUUUCCAAGUCAGAGGAAACUGACAAAACAGAGACCAAACUCAAAAAUGCCAAGAGAGCUUUAACCACUUUUAAAGGACCUUUGUUACACAUCAGCCCAGCAGAAGAGCUGCAUUUUGGAUCCAAGGAGACUGGGGAGAAAAAAUGUCUGAUUGUUCUCACCAAUGUCACCAAAAACAUAGUGGCCUUUAAGGUGAGAACAACUGCUCCUGAGAAGUACAGAGUGAAGCCCAGCAACAGCAGCUGUGAGCCUGGCACAUCCCUGGAUAUCAUUGUCUCUCUUCAUGGUGGCUGCGCAGCGUCCCUGCAGGAUCGCUUCCUCAUCAUGGCGGCAGAGAUGGACCAGCCCUCUGCAGCAGGGCUGCCAGAGCUGACUCACUUCUGGAAGGAGGUUCCUAGGACCAAAGUGAUGGAGCACAGGCUCCGCUGUCACGUGGUGGAAAGCAGCAAGCCUGCUUCUCUGACGCUGAAGGAGAGCUCCUGUAAUCUUCCAGCCAAGACCAAUGAAGACUUACAUGUGCAGCUCACUCACCUGCUGCAGCUUCACAGGAGACUGCAGGAGCAGGUUGACCGCUGCCUGUGGUUCCAGCAGCUGUCACUUGUGCUGUUGCUGCUGUCACUCACUGUUGUUGCCUUCUGCUUCUACCUGGCCUGUGUCCAGAGAAGCUAAAGAGAGCUGCUGUGCCCUGGAUGUGCUGCCUGCCAUGGCUGGUUAGAGCUGGGGAGAUGCCAGUGCCCUGCUGGGGAUCUGGAGGGGCCCAGGCGAGGCCUGAGAGCCCACGGCCACGAACAAGGACACUUUGCUGAAGCCAAACAUGAAGCACUGAGUGACCUGCAAGGGAGGCUGCUGGCAGGGGACACCUGGAGCAGGGCACCAGGAAGAUGGUACAGCUGGGAUUUCUUUCACUGUACAGCUCAAGAGGUGGGAGGAGGAAACCAAAUGCCACAGACUUUGCCACUGUUUAGGUCUUUUCCCUCUAAUCAACCACUUUCAACACAGUAUUUAACUGCUCUCAGCCUCUUCAUCCUUGCUCUCACAGAGGUGCAAGCAGUCAGCUUUGUGUAUCCCACAGGUUAACCUGUUCAGGCAGGAAGAUCUGCAGAGAUUCUCUGGUGCAGGUAGAUGCUGAUUGUGUUUGUACCUGAUUACACAUGCCCAUAGAAAGGAAGGGCUUUGGUACUUCAGGCUCACUGCUUUGCUUCCAUUGUUUCAGUUCCUUCUCCUUGUGCUUCUGCUGUAUGCAGAGUCCCUGUAAAUGUUUCCUGCCAGCUAGCACACAGCCAUGGGGACCAGAGGAGAGCCCUCUCUGAUUCCAAAGACACUGAUGAGGUAGUGAUGAGCAGACACCCCUCUGCCUGCUUUGCUUUGGAGCUUUGUGGGGGCAGCUCUCAGUCAAGUUGCAGGAGGAGUGUGAGGGCUGGUGUGUGACGAGCUGUUCCUGGCUCCUGGAAAGGCUGCUCAGUAGGCAGUGUAUGAACAGCUCUGGGCUGUGCAAUAUGCUGAAACUCACAGCAGCCAAGGCCAGGAGGAUCAGCUGUGGUUGAAGGCAGCCUGGCAGUGCUGUGUCUGCCAUCUCCCAGACCUGAGGAAGUGCUGUGUGGGGCUGAGGAGGGUUCCUUGCUCUCACUGCUGUAAAUGUGUGCAUUAAAGUGAUGGACACUCCAGAGCAGGCUGGUGGCAUCUUUCAUACACUGAAAUGUUCACUCCUAAUGAGCUCUAAAACUCUCAAAUCAUUUCUCUGCUGGGAUUAAUUUUUGCUGCAGAUGGGCUCUGCCAUAGAUAUCCAGUUGUGUCUGCUGACUUCAAGAGAGGAGAUUACUGAGGCAGCCUGGGGCCACCCCCAGGCUCACCGUGCCUGUGCAGGGUGGUGCAGCCAUCACUCCCAGGAGCCAGAAGGGCAGGUUGAGCAGCACUGAGGAGCAGAUGGACCUGUGCAGGAGGCAGCAGCCUGCUGACUGCCACAGCUCCUGGCAGCAGGCAGGGCUGCAGGAGGGUUUGGGGCACAGCCCUCUGGUCCCCUGAGCUUGCACAGUCUGGCCACAGCUCAGUUUUGCUGAGCUCUGCAUCAAUCUCAUUGUUCUUCCUUUUGCUUCUCAAUGUUUUGUUUUCUUCAGAAGCUGCCAGCUGCUGCUCACUGCUGGCUGUGAGGCUGCUGUUCAGCUUCUUGUGCCCUGCAUGCCCCUCCCGUGCUGCCAACAGAAGGAGCUGUGUCUGGGUGAGGAGGGUAGCAGGGUCACUUGUAACCUGGAGGUGGUGGUGCCCAUGCCCUCAGAAUGCCCAUCCCUGACCUGAGUGGACCCAGCUGCACUUCACUGUAAGGCUGCAAGAGGUCUGUUCUCAGAGCCUUUGCCAGUGGGACUUGGGAUGUUUCGGUGCUUUGGUCUAUUUCCAGUGUUUGGUCACUGUUGGCCUUGCCUUUGUAUGAUGAAGCAGAUGGAGACCUUUUCUAUUUUAAUACCUUUUAGAAGCUGCCAAAUAAAG